CGGUUUCCGGGUUGAACGACUUGUUUCCUCAAAGCGAACGUCUUCUUUACGGCAGCCUGCUAUGGCGUUAUCAUACUAGAUUAGAGCUGUUUUCGCGAGGAUAUUGAGUUAAGUUAAUGGUGGAGUUUUACAUUUGGGUUGAAAAUGACUACGUUCCUACACAGCCAGCAGCUAGGAGAGGGAGAAGGAAGAGCAGGGACAGGAGAAUAUCCACUUUUGGAAGUGAGGAAAAUUACGUCGUGUCUCCACUGCCAACAGCCAGGAACAGGAGAGGAAGAGGGGACAGGACAACAUCCUCUUCUGGAAAAACUAUUGCCUGAGGGAUAUGUCCAUCUGGUGUGCUCCUAUGAGGAGGUGGCACCAGCUCAGUUUAGGGCACAUUUUAAACUCCAAAUUACUACAGAAGACGAGGCAUUUAAAUGGCUGGAGUAUUUCCAAACCUCUUCUGGGCAGACUUGGAGGAAGUCUAAAACUUAUCCAAACUGUGGACGUUACAAUGCCUACAGGGUGGACUUAAGGUGUCAGCACAACACCUAUCCCAGACCCGUUGUGAAAAAGACAAAAAAUAUGUCAUGUGGUGCCACCAUGUACUUGGUUCUGAAAAGGAACGCAUGCAGCCACAACAGGAAGUCAAGGUCGGGGGACCCUCAUAUUAAGGACGGAUAUCUAUUGAACGUCUAUCUCCGAUAUGAGCACAACCACCAGUUAUCGUCUACCGACUCCGUGCGGAAGCGGGACGUCUCGGACGAGACCAUCGCCAAACUGAAGACGCUCUUUGAGCGUGGCCACUCCCCCUCCACAGCACUGGAUGUCAUCAAGUAUGAUCUGCAGGAAAGGGAAAGUCCCAUCUACACUGCUGCAGACCGCUCCAUUUGUCCUGACAUGUAUUUCUGUUACAGACUUUACUACAAGCUUUUUCAGAAAGCUUACACCACACCGUCAGAGCAGAAGAUGCUGUUAGAUCUCAAGGAUAAAAUUUACCAGUACAACAUGGUUCAGGGGGAAACCUGUGCAAAAAUGGAAAAAACUGAAUGCGGUCAGGCGGCCGUCGCCAUAUGUACCCCAGUCAUGAAAAGAGUGCACACCAAGUUGAGAGAGAGUGGGGAAAUCAUCUUUGUGGAUUCAUCGGGGCAUUGUGAGAGCCGGAACCACCGGAUAUUUCUUCUUCUCGCCCACUCCACUGUUGGAGGCUUGCCGUUGGGGGUGCUUAUAACGACAUCAGAGAGUCAGUCCGCCAUUACAUCUGGGCUCCGACUCCUGCGAACCCUUUUGCCUAGCAGCAGUUUUUUUGGGAGGGAACAGCCUCAAGUCAUCAUGACGAAUGACUGCAAGGCUCUGCGUCAGUCCCUCCAGGCGGUUUUCCCCGGAGCAAGGCUGCUCCUGUGCAUGUUCCACCAACUGCAGGCCGUGUGGAGAUGGUUGUGGACUGGCCACAACAGUGUGGCUAAGGAAGACCGACUCCAGCUCCUAAAUUCAUUCAAGAGCCUUGUCUACCCCAACUCAACCCCAUUACUGACAGAACAGUACAACAGAUGUCUUGCUGACCCUGUUGCCAUAAAAUACCCUAAAUUCCUCCACUACCUGUUCGAGGUGUACAGGAGACAUGAAGAGUGGGCCAUCUGUCUUCACAACGAAAUUCCAACGAGAGGGCAAAACACCAACAGUUUAGUGGAGAGUGCUUUCAGGGUGGGCAAGGAGAAGGUCCUCCACAGGUUGAAGCCAUACAAUGUAACUCAGUUGGUAGAUUUUGUAACCACCAGGAUGGAUGCCCACUACAUCCACUGCCUCACCGACACCACAAACAACAGAGUGUCUUUCCUUCAUGUAAAUGAUGUAACUGAUGUGGAUUGUGAAAAGAUUGUACAGGUAGACGAGAACCAAUACGUGGUCCCAAACGCCACAUCCGCGUUGCAGUAUGACGUUGACAUUGCGAUUGGAUGCUGCACGUGUUCAGAUGGAAUCACCGGUGCGCUAUGCAAACAUCAAAGUGCAGUUUUGAACAAGUUUGGCCACCACGAGAGCGUCCCGCACGUCCCCACGCCUCAGAUGAGAAAGCUCUACCACGAGAUUGCAACUGGUAGUGAAGGCGUUUUGUCAAAGGCAAGUGACUGCACCAACCUGAAUGCCAGUCCUGGACCAGGCACAUCUGCAGAGGCCCUUGAAGAGAUGCUGGAGCAGUUCUGCCGUAGUCUUAAAGAUAAACUACACAAUGACCCUCAGACCUUCACAGCACCAAUCUGCAACUUUCUGGGAACUUACAAAAAAAUGAACGACAGCUCCCUUACGUCAGCUCUGCACUGUUUUGGGAAGAUGUCACAGGGGAAAUCCAAAAAUCGCCAGUCUUCAAAAAUGAAUGGAACAGCUAUCGGUAAAAGAAAGGCGGCAUUGAAACCCGGACGACCUCCAAAGUGCCCGAGGAAGGAGCAUCUGUAUUAAAGGAAAAGCGGCGCAGGAAAUGUGCAACACAUUCCCUGUCCAACUGUGUAGAGGAGAAAACAUUUGUCUGUAGUAAUCACUAGAGCGACUGCAGUGACCUCACGCCUGGACUCCACUCUGAACUAUUUUUGUACGUAGAUACAGUGGCGUAAAGUAGUUACAACGGGCCCCUGUGCACGCUAGUUUCUUGUUACGAAACGAACACCAUUAGGCGUGAAGAUGUUCUGAGUCAGACUUGACAGAUUGACCUAAAGCAGACCUGACACCAAAGGACUUUUCAAGGAAUUCCACCAUUGCAGACUAAUUCCAAUAUCUGAAUGUAAUCCUGAGAGUCUUGAUGGAGUCGGUGCUCUCCCGUCGUCUCCAUCGGUUGGUGUAAGGUGGUCCUUAGACUCAGUCCCAGUCAGUCUUUUACCCAUCAGACAAAACGCGUUCGAUUAUUAUCGUAAGUCUCCGUUGUGACGUAAAAUCAUGUGAACAUCAACAACAACCAAUGGGUGCGCUUCCUCCAGCACCAAACAGAAUGCAGCAAACAGCCAGAGCCAGUAUUGUUUAUGGUUGCACUAAGUUAAAAAAAAAAAAAAGUUGCCAAUUUUCAACCCUUCUGAAGCGAAUCAACCAAUGGGAGUUUUACCGGCAGAUACACGCCAACCUCCGGGUGCUGGAGACAUUCAUCGGCAUGUAUGGCAAAACAGCAAAUAUGCAAACUUUCCCAGAAGUCAGCGGUCUUCAACUGAAAUAGAGACGGACAAGGGACCCCCUACUGGGCCUAUAAUGACGUGAAGGGUAGCCUAAAGCCUUUAUACAUACCUUUUUUUUAAAAAAUAGAAUAUUAAGCUAUUAAAAAUAAUUGUUGAUUGGCAUGAUUUUAUAAAGCAUAUUUUAAGGUUAUACAUACAUAUAGAACAGUGGCUCUUUAGGGUGAACUGUAUCUGUGGAUUACCUUACCUAUGGGCCAGUAAGUCUAUUACCAGUGUGGUUUCAUAUAGAAUGCCAAUAAAUAUGUCAGAAUUAUGUUAAGAAAUUUCAAUUUAUGA